AGUGGAAGUCCUGGAGCACCAGGAAUCAUGUGCCCACUGUGGGGCACCCACCCAGGAGUGUGCCAGGAGCUGCCUGGUCCUGCAGCCCUGUGACCUCCCAGUGCCACUUUGGCUUCAUUUAACACAAACACUGUAGGCACAGACAUAGCUUGGACCAGCCAGCUUGAAUAAAGAUGGUAGGGAUAAGUUAAUGCAGCUGGCAUGCUACUUCAGAAACAGGUGCUGCAAGUUAAUCAAUUGGGCCCUGGGUGAUCUCAUGGGCAGAAGCAGCAUAUAAGGAGGUAGCUAGCAAAGGAAGGGUGGCUUCGAGUCAGCUCUGGUGGUUGUACUACGUUGCCCCUGUACGUCUCUGCACGUGCAUUACUUAGACCCUCUACGUCUUUGAGUGAUUAUUGCCUUCACAACAACAACAUUUGGUGACCCCGACGUGAUUCGCUGAAUCGGUUGGAUCAAGAACCCUCGGCAGAAAAGCACUUGGAUUUCUGCUGGAAAAGGCAAGUAAUCUGAGCAAACUGAUAUAAUGGGAAAAAUGCUAAGCAAAGAGGAAAGUCCUAUUGACACCCUCCAGCAUAUCCUUGCGGAAAAAGGAUUCAAUUAUGAAAGAGAGCCUUUGCUAAGGCUUGUAAGAUGGGGACAGGAAGUGGGUCUCUUUGCUUCCCCCCAAGAAGUGUAUGAAAAAGGACACUGGGAAAAGCUAGGAGACAUGUUGAAUAAUGCUAUUGGCUUGUGUAAAUUGGUAUCAUCCAUUAUACACCAGCUAGAAGCUGAGCGUGCUGCCGCUGCUGCCAUGAAAGCAGAAGCUGCUGCACCAUCUGCGUUCCCAGUGGAUGCUAAAAGAUUCUUUGGAGGUGGUGACUUUAUAGUGCCAUCGGCUCCACCUCUAGAAGAAAAUACUCAGAGAUUCUUCGGAGGGGAUAAUGUUGUAAUACCCUCGGCUCCACCUCUGGAAGAGGAGAGCAUGGAUGUGAGCCCACCUCCCCCAGAACCCCCUAGAGCACCGUUCCAGGAGCCGAAUACACACAUUGCUUCUCCUCCCCUCCCACCCACCCUUCACCAUCCUGCCCCAUCCCACCCUUCUGCUAUACCUGAAGGAGUACCUAACAGAGAACGGAAGGUACGUUUUACAAAUGAUAUGCCGUUGCCCCUGAGCUCAUCAAUCCCUGAGUGUAUUCCUCUGCCAUCAUCACCCCCAACUUCUAGUGAAGAUCAACAAAGACAAUUAUUAAAGGAAGAGUUAAUACAACAUGGAGAAGAUAUGAAACACACUUUGGCCCAGCUGGAGGAACUGAUAGAAAAACCAAAAGCAACAGCUAAUCAGCUGUUGGAACGAAUUAAUGAAUUAACCAAAACAAAGAUUAAAGUUUCAUCCCCACAGGUACUCAGAGAUCCUCGUCCAGAUGAUUAUGAUCCGGCUAAGAAAUGGAGAGGCCUCAUACGUGAUGCGGUAAUCGAAGGCGAAUUUAUUCCGCAAGCCUUUCCAGUAAUAACAGCACAAAGAAAACGACAAUGGGCACCUUUAGAUUGGAAAUUGGUAAGAGAAGGCCAGAAAGCAGUAAUGCAAUAUGGCUUGUCCAACCCAUACGUUCAGACAUUACUAGAUCAUAUUUUUGCCAGUGGGUUAAUGACUCCAUUUGACUGCCGGAAGCUUGCAGAAACUUUCCUGAAGCCCACUCAGGUAUUAUUAUGGGAGUCUGAAUGGGAAAAAAGAGUUGAUCUGACGGUGGUGGAAAACAUGGACUUACAACAGGGAGAUCCGCGGCGAGUUGUCACAGCAGACAUGAUGCUGGGUAAAGGAGCAUUCGCUGAUCCUCAGGUACAAGCCCGGCUGCAUGAAGCUAUCUUGCAGCAAACACAGACACUGGCACGUCAGGCAUUUAAGAUCGUUCCUGAUAUGGGGGUGCCAGUUCCCUCAUAUACAACUAUUAUUCAAAAACCUAAUGAGCCUUUCAUGACCUUCUUAGACCGCCUAAGAGCAGCUCUGGAUCAUAUACCAAACAUGUCGGCUGAAGUCAAGGCGGAAAUAGGGUUACACUUAGCAGUUGCUAACGCUAAUCAUGAUUGCAAAAAGAUCCUGCAGGCUCUCCCGCGGACAGCAACUUUGGUCGACAUGAUAGAAGCCUGCUCUAGGGUAGGAUCGUCAGCACAUUUAGCUGAGGCAAUGGCAACAGCAUUGAAACCUUUAGUUCAAGCCCACAAAGGAGAUCGGAGGCCAAAGUGCUUUAACUGUGGAAAAAUAGGACACGUGAAAAAUCAAUGUCGGUCCAGACCAUUGGUAUGGACAAACAGCUCCGCCAGGCCAUCUGGGUCCAAUGGCAGAUUUCACGGUAAUUGUUACAGAUGUGGCAAGUUUGGCCAUAGAGCCACUGAGUGCCGCUCUCGAGUGGCCAGACAAACAAUGCAUAAGGGAAACGGGUUGACGAGCGCAAAAAGGGCGAGCGCGAUGACACAAAAACGCCCUUCAACACCAAGAGCUGCCUGGAUGGCCUCAGAUCAGCCACUGCAGGAAGCGCAGGAGUGGAUGUGGAAACAGCAGUAGAUGUAACCAUCCACAACACAGAGGUAACAAUUAUCUCCUCUAACGUUAAUGGACCCCUUGGCUAUGGAUUAAGCGCUUUGCUUUUAGGACGGUCAUCGGCCUCUCGACAGGGUAUUUUUGUGCUCCCCGGUGUAAUUGAUGCAGACUAUGAAGGAAAUAUUGGAAUAAUGGUUAAAGUUUGGCAGCCACCAGUUCAUAUACCUAAAGGAACUAAAAUAGCGCAAUUAGUUCCUUUCAGAGCUAAAGUUCCUUUCGCAGGAAGUCGUAAGCGUCGAGACGGUGGUUUUGGAUCCACUGGAGUACCUGAGGGAAAGGCCUGGACCAGCAUCGCAUUCUACAAGAAGUGAACCGACAGUUAAGCAACUCCGGGUUGGUGAUCGCGCCAGAGAAGGUACAAAUGCACGCCUCUUGGAAAUAUUUAGCCAUGGUCUGGGCCACAGCCUUAACCAGUGACAGUUCUCGAGACGUCAUAAGACAUUGGAGGAGUUGCUUUGCUGUCCUUG